AUGUCUAAUCAAAGCUUAACUACUUUAUCAUAUCAACCACAAAUUAAUGACAACUUUGAAAGUCAUGAUGAAUUUGUUAAUAAAAUUAAAAGUUAUACACGUAAUCUUGGUUUUACUAUUAGACUUGGAAAGUCCGAAUGUUAUAACAAAUCUGAAAAUGAAGAAAAGACUGUUCAAAAAAGAACGUUACUGUGUUCUCAAGCUGAUCUUACUCAUAAUCAUCUAAUGGUCGAAGAAAAUCAUAGAUUUUUUAUGUCUAAUGAGCGGAAUAUUUCUGAUGAUGUCAAACAGCGAAUAGAAUUAUUAUGUCGAGCUGAUGUAGAUGUUCUAACAAUACGUACAAUAUUAAAAAAAGAAUUUGGCGAUCAUGUUACAUGGAUAUAUGAUGAUCUUUAUAAUUUUAUUUAUCAUUUAGAAGGAUUAGAUUUAGAAAAAAGAGAAUUAGAUGCUGAAGAGUUUGUAAACAUAUUAGAUCAAUUUAAAUAUAAUGAUACCGAAUUUUUUUAUUAUAUUGAUAUUAAUGAAGAUACGAAAAGAUUGAA